AUGCUUGCUUGCACCAUCAAGGGCGUGCAGAACGGCUUUCCCCUGAAGAUACAGGCCGAGGAGGUCGUGGAGCGGGAAGCUGACUUUGACCCCGACUUCCUGCGGCACAUAUUCCCAAAGCUGGAGUGGGCCGCCUUCCUAGAGGGCGCCCGCGCGGACGAGUCAUUCCUGAAGGCCUUCCACCACGCGCUGCUGGAGGUGCACCUGGAGGAGGGCGCCCUGCUGUGCCCCGAGACUGGGCGGGCGUUCAAGGUGUCCAAGGGCAUCCCCAACAUGCUGCUCAACGAGGACGAGGUCUGA